UAUUCGCCAAUUACAUACAAAAAAUUAAAAUUUUUUUUUGGCAAAAACAAAAAAAGAAAUUAAAAAAGUGUUUUAAUAAAUUAAAUAUAAUGGAAUUUAUUUAUUAUAAAAAGUAAAAUAGAAAAGGAAAACCCUAAAGCCAGUGUUGUAAAGUGUUUUCGUGGGGAAAGGAAAAAAUGAAAAGACAGCUGUUUUGUUGAUGAAUUGAAUUGAAUUUAAAUAGAACUGUAUGGACAAAAGAAGAAGUACUAGAAAAACCAAUAAAGAAGAAGGAAAAUUAAAAAAAUCGGCAAAUAAAUAUUAAUCUUUAUUAAAAACUAAAAAAUUCAUUGAAUAUAAAUAAAUAAUUAUUGUGUUUAAUAAUUGUAAAAUAAAUUUUAGUAAAAAUGUUGUUAUUUAAAAAAUAUGUCCGCCGGCGCUCAAUUGCAGAUGGCCCCACAAACCUCAACGUCUCUAAGCCAUCAUACAACAACACCACAGCAGCAACAACAUUUUGCUCCUAAUCAACAACAACAGCAGCAACAACAACAACAUUUGUCACAAGUUCAACAACAGCAACAACCACAUUUACAGCAACAAUUACAAUUGCAACAACAACAACAGCAACCUCCUCCUCCACCGCCAACACAUUUAACAACACAUUAUUCCCAGCCUCCUACACUUGCCACAAAUCAUUUACAGCAGCAGCAACAACAGCAACAUCAAGCCACCCAACAAACAACACCACAACAACAGCAACAACCUCCCCAAUUACAACAAAUACAACCGCCCAAUAUUGUACCGCUGACAUCAUCAUCACAACAUCACGGUCAUCAUAGUGGUGGCGGUCACAGCAGUAAUCCUGACUCGAAUAUGAGCACUGGCUCGUCACACAGUGAAAAAGAUGUUAACGACAUGUUAAGCACACAGCAACAAUCCACAGGUAUUGUCCAACAAAUCGGUCUCCUAGGAAAUACAACAACAGCCGCAUCAGCAGUUGUUUCGUCUUCGUCUGGUAACGGUAUGAUGAAUACCGGCGGUAUGGGUAUAUCGACAGAUCCAAAUAUGCAACAGCAACAGGCACCCAAUCAUCAUCAUCAUUCACAUACUGCACACCAUCAGGUGCAACAAAAUAAUUCGGGAUCAACGAGUGGCGGCAGUGGUCGCAUGGAAAAGUUAUCACGCACUCCCACAGAACGUAAGCGGAAAAGGAAAAUUACGGCAUUGCAUGCCGAUGAUAGUGGUGGUGCCGGUGGUGGGGGUGGUCCGGGCGGUGGUAAUGGAGGUAAUAAUUCAAGCAACGCUUCUAAAGCAUCAAAACACAACAAUUCCUCCUCAGGCUCACAGUUAUUAAAAGCAAAUUUAUCUCUAAAUUUAGGUGCUCAAGCGGAACGUCUUCAGUUGCCUGGUAGUGGCGGCGGUAGUGGUGGUGUUAAGAAUGCCCGCCUCUUACCACCCGGCAGUGCUGGUUCAUCGGGAGAUAAUAAGAAAAUCAAUGAUUAUUUCAAUAAACAUACUGUACAGACAGCAGCCACUAAUAGUCCAAUGAGACAUACGGCUGGAGGUGGCUCCAAGAGUCCCUCGUCGGCCGGCGGCGGUGUUCAACAGCCAACAACCCAAACGGCGCAGCCUCAACAAGUGCCAACAUCUGUAGGCGGUAACAGCACGUAUCCCAUGUAUCCACCUAGUCCACAACAACCACAAAUGAACGCACCUGGUAUACCGUCAACACCAACUUCACAACCCCCGCCUCCUGAAUUCCACUACAGCAGUGUAGCGGCCGUGAAUAGCGUAGCGGCCAAGCAGCAGAGACAGCAGCAACAACCACAAACUUCCAACGCAAUGGUUCCUCCACAGUCACCUCUAGUGGGUGUUUCGAAUGUUGGCCUGUUGAGCGGCGGCCACAUGGUACACAAUGCCACGGUAACGGCUGCCCUGAUCGGCGGUACAGCCUCAGCUGGUGGUGGUGGCAAUGGGCCACCACCUCCUCCGCUGCCCCAGCAGCAACAGACGCAAACACAUCAACUUCCCGCCUCUUCCGUUGUUGCCACCACAGUGCAACAGACUCUGACAACCUCGCAACAACAAUUGGCUGCUGCGGCGGCUCAACUCAACCCACUGCAACAUGCCGGCAUGCUAGCCACUCCCGGCGGCGUUCCCAACACUCCUACACAGCAACAGCAGCAACAACAACCGUCGCUCGCGAUGGUUACCAAAGCAACUCAAACAGACCUCUCACUACCCGACAUGCAGGAACGUGAUUCAGAAAACGAAACCAGUAAAUCAAAAUUGGAUGAGAUGACAAGACUGUCUGAUGAACAAAAAUGUCAAAUUAUUGCUCAUCAAAAACUAAUAGAUCAACAUAAAUCCCAUAUAGCCAAGUGUAUUGAUGUCGUCAAGAAGCUGCUUAAGGAAAAGUCCAGUAUCGAAAAGAAGGAGGCCCGCCAGAAGUGCAUGCAGAAUCGCCUGCGGCUGGGUCAAUUCGUUACACAACGUGUAGGUGCUACAUUCCAGGAAAACUGGACCGACGGUUAUGCCUUCCAGGAGCUGAGUAGGCGGCAGGAAGAAAUCUCAGCCGAACGCGAAGAAAUCGACCGGCAAAAGAAACAGUUAAUGAAGAAACGUCCGGCCGAAUCAGGUCGCAAGCGUAACAAUAACCAGCAAAAUUCCAAUUCAAAUGAUUCCUCCAAUCUUAAUACUGGUUGCGAAAGGCUAUCGGUUAGUGACAGUGGCAUCGGUGUCACCUCCGGCACAGGUGGUGGUGGUGGCAGUGGUCGCGGUCUAACGCGUUCCAAUUCAUCACAAGCUCAAAGUCAACUGCUGCAUAAUGGCGGUGGUAGUGGUACCAGUGGCACUGGCAUGGGUAGUGAUCGUUUAUCGGAUCGUGGCGGUGGCACUACCGGUCGUGGUGAUAAUUCCAACAGUGGUUCAGAUUCAGCAACGUUCCUUAAACCUGACCCCGUAUCGGGUGUUUAUACCGCUCAAGAAUAUUACGAAUAUGAUGAGAUUUUAAAAUUACGACAAAAUGCUCUGAAAAAAGAAGAUGCUGAUCUACAAUUAGAAAUGGAGAAAUUAGAACGUGAACGUAAUUUGCAUAUACGCGAAUUAAAACGGAUACUCAAUGAAGAUCAGUCCCGCUUUAAUAAUCAUCCAGUAUUGAAUGAUCGUUACCUUUUGCUUAUGCUUUUGGGUAAGGGUGGUUUCUCCGAGGUACACAAAGCCUUCGAUUUAAAAGAGCAACGUUAUGUAGCUUGUAAAGUUCAUCAGUUGAAUAAGGAUUGGAAAGAAGAUAAAAAGGCGAAUUAUAUCAAACAUGCUUUAAGAGAAUAUAACAUCCAUAAAGCUUUGGAUCAUCCCAGAGUUGUUAAAUUAUAUGAUGUCUUCGAAAUAGACGCCAAUUCAUUUUGUACUGUUUUAGAAUAUUGUGAUGGUCAUGAUUUAGAUUUCUAUCUAAAACAACAUAAAACGAUACCCGAACGUGAAGCACGUUCGAUUAUUAUGCAGGUUGUAUCUGCUUUAAAAUAUUUGAAUGAGAUUAAACCACCAGUUAUACAUUACGAUUUGAAACCGGGUAACAUUUUGCUAACCGAAGGCAAUGUGUGCGGCGAAAUAAAAAUAACAGAUUUUGGUCUAUCCAAAGUAAUGGAUGAUGAAAACUAUAAUCCAGAUCAUGGUAUGGAUUUAACAUCCCAAGGAGCGGGAACCUAUUGGUAUUUGCCACCCGAAUGUUUUGUGGUGGGUAAGAAUCCUCCAAAAAUCUCUUCAAAAGUUGAUGUUUGGAGUGUGGGCGUAAUUUUCUAUCAGUGUUUGUAUGGUAAGAAACCAUUUGGCCAUAAUCAAUCGCAGGCUACGAUACUCGAGGAGAAUACCAUCUUAAAAGCAACCGAAGUACAAUUCUCCAAUAAACCAACAGUAUCCAAUGAAGCUAAGAGUUUUAUACGAGGCUGUUUGGCUUAUCGUAAAGAAGAUCGUAUGGAUGUAUUUGCGCUGGCGCGGCACGAAUACAUACAACCACCCAUACCCAAACAUGGACGUGGUCAAUCGAUGAAUCAACAGCAGCAACAACAACAGCAGCAGCAACAACAGCAACAGCAGCAACAACAACAAUCUUCAGGCAAUCAAGCCAAUUCUGCUGGACAGACAUCAUUUUCAGCGGGCAUGUUUGGCAAUCUAAAUCAAUCAAGUUCAUCCUAGCUGCACACAAAACGUAAUUCCAAUUCAUAAUUG